CUGAUAUUUAAAGAGCAGAGGCGCUCUAGAUCCACGCAGUCUCUCACGGUUCCUUCCAUAUUUUAUUAUGCACGCAGAGAGAGAGAGAGAGAGAGAGAGUGAGUGAGUUGUGGGGGAAGUGUUAAUCCAACGUAGAAAGCUGAUGAUCAAAUCGAAAAACCCAAAAAGAAACGUCGAAAGCUGAGGUACGAGAAUUGCCGUCAUUUAAAAUAGGAUGAACAAGAGUAGUGGAGGGUUUGGUUCGUGCUUUGAUAUUACUGGCACUGGGCGACCGCUUUGUGGCGUUGGGCGAGCAGUAACGAUCUCCACGGAGAUGUGAAGAGACAAAAGCUCCUUCUUUUCUUGCAGAUUAUGCUAUCAUGAUAGGAGCAUAUCUUCAAAUUACAGAGAGGAACAGUGAUUGCGGUAAUUCUGAAAUCCAGUUUAUGGCCUCAAGAAGGUUAAAGAGAUAGAGACCACCUUCCUUGUGUGAAUUUUCUUUAUAAUGGCUAAAGUCUGUUGGCCAUACUUCGAUCCUGAGUAUGAGAACCUCAGCACAAGGAUCAACCCUCCGAGGGUGUCUGUAGACAAUACCAGUUGCAGCGAUUGCACACUUGUCAAGGUUGAUAGCAUGAAUAAACCUGGGAUACUGCUAGAAGUUGUACAAAUACUGUCAGACCUUGAUCUUAUCAUCACCAAGGCCUACAUCUCCUCUGAUGGAGGAUGGUUUAUGGACGUGUUUCAUGUCACUGAUCACCACGGAAAGAAACUCACGGAUUCUAAAACCAUUGACUAUAUAGAGAAAGCUUUAGGUCCAAAUGGCCACCGCACAGAUCGAACCAAGACCUGGCCGGGUAAAAGAGUUGGAGUGCACUCAAUUGGUGAUCACACAGCUAUCGAGCUCAUUGGCAGAGACCGCCCAGGUCUCCUAUCUGAAAUCUCUGCUGUCCUAGCAAACCUUGACAUUAACGUGGUAGCUGCUGAAGUUUGGACACACAAUAGGAGAAUAGCUUGCGUCCUUUACGUCAACGAUAAGAUUAACUGCCGUGCGGUGGAUGAUCCAAACAGACUAUCAAUAAUGGAAGAGCAGCUCAAAAACAUCAUCCGCGGGGAUGACGAUGAUGAGAAAGUGGGCCGCACCAGUUUCUCCAUGGGGUUCACGCAUGUUGAUCGGCGACUGCACCAGAUGUUUUUCGCCGAUAAGGAUUAUGAAAAUUGUGGGGUGACAACCGAUGCGGACAAGUAUUCUCCCUUGAUGAAACCCAAAAUCACCGUUGAGCAUUGUAAGGAGAAGGGGUAUUCGGUGGUUAGUGUGAGAUCCAAAGACCGAGCGAAGCUACUUUUUGACAUAGUGUGCACGCUCACAGACAUGCAGUAUGUUGUUUCUCAUGCUACCAUAUCGUCAGAUGGCCCAGAUGCAUCACAGGAGUAUUACAUUCGUCAUAUGGAUGGUUGCACUCUUGAUAGUGAAGGAGAGAAGGAAAGGGUCAUAAAAUGUCUGGAAGCUGCGAUUCGGAGAAGAGUAAGCGAGGGUUUAAGCCUAGAGCUCUGCGCAAAGGAUAGAGUGGGACUGCUAUCUGAAGUGACGAGGAUCCUGCGAGAGAACGGGCUGUCGGUUACGAGAGCGGGAGUCACCACGGUCGGGGAGCAAGCCAUGAAUGUGUUCUAUGUGAGAGAUUCCUCGGGGAACCCCGUGGACAUGAAAACCAUCGAGGCGCUUCGCAAGGAAAUCGGGCACACGAUGAUGCUGAAUGUGAAGAAGGUCCCAUCCAGUGGGAGCGCCAAGGCUCCCGAGUCCAGUAACUGGGCCAAAACAAGCUUUUUCUUCGGGAAUCUGCUGGAGAGAUUCUUGGCUUGAAAACCAAUAAAAAGCAAAGAAUGUCCAUAAAGGUUGGUAACGAGCGUUCUCCAAAUGUAUAGAGAAUAAGCCAUCUGUUGACAAAUUGUCGGCAUGGCCAUGCUUCCUUGCAUCUGUGGUGGUAACUGUAAGAUAUGAUGCUUGAAGUAUGAUUUGCUUUGAUCCUCUUUCUUGUUUUAUGACCAGAAACAUCAAAAGCUGACAUAUAAAUGUGAAACUUGCUUGUUCUU